AUGUUAGUGGAACUUGGCGCUGUGGCCGUGACGCCGCUCGUGACGCUCCAAUGCGUUCUCCUAAAGUCCACAAAGCUUGCUCUCUCUGUUUUCUGGUACCUGUGCUGGUUUUUGCACCCAUUGGCCAUCACACGUAGAAUUCCUGAAGGUCCGAUGGAAGGAAUGGAUUAUGUGGUGGAGAUUUCGACUUUCGACUUUUCAGAAAUCCAGGAAAAGGCUCUUUACGUUUCACACCGGUAUCUCUUUGGCAACCCAGCCGACACUGGAUUCAAUGGUAUCCCGCUUGCUGAGACUGAAGGGUUCAGCGACUACUUGAUGAAGGUUAAGAUCUGGGAGAAUGCCUACCAUACCGUUGAGGUGAUCGAGGGGUAUGUGGAUUCGGAUUUGGAAGAGGAGUCCAAUGAGGCGGAACAGAAUGACCAAGAGUCAAAGAAUCCACAGACCCUCAAUGGAACAUCCACUGUGGAUGAAGCUUCAAUAUUCGAUCCCCACGACGUAUCUUCAAAAGUCUCCUCCUCUUCUUCAGUGACAGACACAUCCUACUGUGAGGCUGCAAAAAAGCUGAAAAUCAAAAAGAGACACAGAGUGCUCCACAAAAUGGUUGCAAAUCAUCCUCCAGUCCUCACUGCCAGCCGUUUCAAGCACCUCAGGAUUGCAAUCGAGAAAUAUAUCGAAACUCUGGGCUUACCUAAACACCUCUUUUUGAAACUCUGCUGGCAGUACUUCAGUUGGGACGGUACCGACAUUGAUAUGAUGUAUUUGGAGCCCGAACUCGAGGUUUGUUUUUUGUGGAUGGAGGUUUUGAGAGAGGAUUUCCCCAUAAGCUCGGCAGAUAUGUGGACUUUCACCGCCAAGGUGAUAUUGGAGCUGCUUGGAGCAUCCAAGAUUCCAUGGACCGGAGGAAGAUUCGACAGCAUGCCUUUUAUUAAGGCCAGCUUUGGCGAGUUGUGUUCGAGAUUUAAUUUAAAUCUUAGAGAACAGGUGGCUCUCUGGGGAGGCGUCCAUAUCUUGGGCUUCCUGGAUUUCAUGGAAAUCGAACCAACACAGAGCAAUAUCUACCUUGAAGAGAUGCCAGGAUACAAGGAGCUUACUCCACGGGCGAGGCAAUUGUUAGAGCUUUUCGGCAAAAAGGGCCCUGAUAUAGCAGGCGAGUUUUGUGAAGACCACAAUUUGCUUAUUCGGGAGUUUGGUCAGGCUUAUGGCAAGAUGAUAGAGCAGACCAAUCCUUUGAUCAGGCUUGCUCGGGAGGAUUGUAGAAAGAGGAGAAAGCCCGGACGGAGGAGGUAG